CAGUAAUUUCCUACCAACGCAUAAACUGGGAGCGAUGCAGACGCAGCUCCCAUGUCUGAGACCCUCGGCUCCCCCAAGGGAGAGAAAUCUCACGGCUCCUUGUUCUUUCCCCAGUGACCCUGAGGGCCCCGUCUCCGCAGCAGGAUCAGCCUCCACACACAUGCCACCGCGCUCCCUCCAGGACACGACAGGCACCGGGCACACGUCCCCAGCAUGGCCAGGAGCUGGGAGGACGCCGGGACCCUAUUCCCAGCCUGGCAACAGCGACCUGGUGGAUCUGUUCAACAAGUUCUUUAAACAGGGAUUUACCAUCAUGACCGUGCCAGGGCCCAGCCUCUUCACCCUACGUGACACCAGCCAGAAAGUCGUCCGCUGCCACCACAAACGCCUCGUGGCCUCCCCUCAAACCGCCAACGCCCGUCCAGAGAAGAUCAGCGUGGUGCCCAACCAGUUCAUGGACCCCAGCCAUUUCCCCAUCAUUAUGGGCGUCGACGGAGGGACUCGCUGUCUGUCCUGCGGCACUUCGGCCCAGCCCACCCUCAUGCUGGAGGACAAGAAAAUCAUGGACUUGUACAAGAACAGCCGGGAAGCCAAGCGUUUCACCUUUACCUGCUCUACCACCGGCAGCACGCACCGCUUCGAGUCGGUCGCCUUCCCGGGAUGGUACCUGAGCACGUCCCCCAGAAACGACCAGCCCCUCCGGGUGACCAACCGCCUCGGCGAGGCUGAAAUCACCAACUUCUACUUUAAGAAAGUUUAAAGUCACAGAGGCCAGGGUCCUGUCCCCAGGCUGCCCGCCCCCUCCACAGUGCAGCGUGGGGGAGUUUUCCCAUUGACACUUGUGCACCCGAAAUAUGCCUGCGAUUCCGGAGCAUGUGGCGAUCGGAUGACCCUGGCUAGAUCCAGCUCUUACCUGCAUCCAUGCCGAGCCCCAGGGUGCUCGGCUAAGGGCAAGGUUGCUUUCAGAAUCACCCCGUGGCUCCAGUAUUACUCGGAGACAGUUUGCCUAUGGUAUCGCAUGGUCUUCAAAGAGAAACUGAAGAACUACAAUUCAUUUGAAAACUUAACACCA